AUACGAAGCGAAUGCAUGUAAUCAUUUAAUUAGGGACAAAUUCAUAAAAUACGUGCCCCGCUGCGACGUAUAUGGUUUGAGCUCGAGCGCGUAACAUUAUGUCUUCAUGGCUCGCGUCACAAAUAAAAAGUGAAAGUAAAUGUGCAGAGUUGAUGUUUCACCAUUUAAACAACCAUAAUCGAUUCUACAGGAAUAUAAUUUUUCUAUAGGAACCUUUAUAAAAGCUAAGUCAUGAAUUUAUGUGUAGAUACUUGAUAGAAAUGGUGGAGGUUGUUUUUUAAUCGAUGUAAUUAAAUGUUGAUCAGGGUGAGUGUUUCAGUCACGAGACUUACAUGUGACCGCCGCGUUAAUGUCUGUGAAGGACGUAAAUAUUUGAAAUGCGUUUUGUAACAUUUUAGCAUUUUUGUUACAACAUGUGAGUGAACACUGUGUCUCUUGAUCCCAAGAGUCGGAGGAGAGCUUAAUUAUUGUGUUUGUUUGUAAUUUUCAUUCAGAGUCAGUGGUGAAGAUCAGAUUUUGUUUCAACUGUUCAGAUUCAUCAUGGAUGACACACAAACAUCCAGACAUGAAGAUUUUUCUCCAGGAUGCAGUUCAAUUGAUCAGAAGAGAUCUGAACCAGAGCCCAGCUGUGUGUCUAUGAGGAGUGACAGGUCUCUGGAUCGGCCAAUAGAGUUUAAGAGUGGAGAUACACAGACUGAUCUCAGUUACGUUGAUCAGAAGAGAUCAGAACCAGAGCCCAGCUGUGUGUCUAUGAGGAGUGGCAGGUCUCUGGAUCGGCCAAUAGAGUUUAAGAGUGGAGAUACACAGACUGAUCUCAGCCAUGAAGUCCUCAACAGGUUUAGAUCAAAUCUGAUGAAGAAGUUUGAGUGUCUGUAUGAGGGAACAGCACAGCAGGGAAACCCAACACUCCUGAAUGAGAUCUACACAGAGCUCUACAUCACAGAGAGUGAGAGUGGAGAGAUCAGUAAUGAGCAUGAGGUGAGACAGAUUGAGACACAAUCCAGGAGAGUAGCAAUAGAGGACACACCGAUCCAAUGCAAUGACAUCUUUAGACCUUUACCUGGACAAGACAAACCCAUCAGAACUGUGCUGACAAAGGGAGUCGCUGGCAUUGGAAAAACAGUCUCUGUGCAGAAGUUCAUCCUGGACUGGGCUGAAGGGAAAGAGAAUCCGGAUGUCCAGCUCAUAGUUCCACUUCCUUUCAGAGAGAUCAAUUUGAUAAAGAACAAAACACUCAGUCUUUCAGAUCUUCUACAUGUCUUUUUCCCUGAAACAAAAGAAAUGGAAAUAUCCAGUGACAAAUAUAAAGUGUUGUUCAUCUUUGAUGGUCUGGAUGAGUGUCGUCUGUCUCUGGAUUUUCAGAGCGAUGUGAGGUUGUGUGAUGUAAGUGAAUCAGCCUCAGUGGACAUGCUGCUGACGAACCUCAUUACAGGGAAUCUGCUUCCCUCUGCUCUCAUCUGGAUCACCUCCAGACCAGCAGCAGCUGAUCUCGUCCCCUCUGAGUGUGUCCAUCGAGUGACAGAGGUACGAGGCUUCAAUGAGCCACAGAAGGAGGAAUAUUUCAGGAAGAGAAUCAGUGAUCAGAGUCUGGCCAAUACAAUCAUCUCACACCUGAAGUCAUCAAGGAGCCUCGACAUCAUGUGCCACAUCCCAGUGUUCUGCUGGAUCUCAGCCACUGUUCUAGAGAAGAUGCUGAGCGAAGCAGAGAGUGGAGAGAUUCCCAAAACUCUCACUCAAAUGUACACACACUUCCUGAUCCUUCAGACCAACAUCAAACAUGAGAAGGACUUUGAGAAGAACGUGACAGAUGAAGACAUGAUCCUCAAACUGGGGAAACUGGCUUUUCAGCAACUUGUGAAAGGCAAUGUGAUCUUCUAUGAGGAAGACCUGAGAGAGUGUGGCAUUGAUGUGACAGAAGCAUCGGUGUACUCAGGAUUGUGCACUCAGAUCUUCAGAGAGGAGUUUGGCUGGUAUCAGGGGAAAGUCUUCUGCUUUGUUCAUCUGAGCAUUCAGGAACAUCUAGCGGCUCUAUAUGUGCACAUCUCCUGUACAAACAACAACAUAAAUGUGUUUGACCAAAUCAACAAACAGAGCCUGUGGUUUAAAGUUAAGGACUGGUUUCAACUGAAUUCAUCAGAACAUGUUUCAUUAUCUGAUCUCCAUCAGAGAGCUGUGGAUGAGGCUCUACAGAGUAAAAAUGGACAUCUGGACCUUUUCCUACGGUUUCUUCUGGGUCUGUCAGUGGAGUCUAAUCAGAUUCUUCUUCAAGGACUAAUGAAACAGACAAGUAGCAUAUCUGACAGCAAUGAGAAAACAGUUGAGUACAUCAAGAUGAAGAUCAGGAUCAUUGAUUCUCCAGAGAAGUCCAUCAAUCUGUUCCACUGUCUGAAUGAACUGGGUGAUCAUUCACUAGUGGAGGAAAUACAACAGUAUCUGAAAUCUGGAUCAAUAAAGGCAGUCAAACUCUCUUCAUCUCAGUGGUCAGCAGUAGUUUUUGUGUUGUUGACAUCAGAGAAAAACCUGGAUGAGUUUGAUCUCAAGAAGUUUGUUGUAGGAAACAAUGAAACUGAAGAUAUGAAAGUUUUUCAGAAGCUGCUGCCUGUGAUUAAAGAAUCCAGAUCAGUACAGUUGAGGGACUGUGAUAUCACAGAUGAAGGUUGUGCUGCUCUGGCUUCAGCUCUGAGAUCAAACCCCUCACACCUGAGAGAACUGGAUCUGUCUGGGAAUAAACUAGGAAAAUCAGUGAAUCUGUUGUCUGAUAUACUGGCGAAUCCUCACUGUAAACUGGAGAUACUGUGGUUGAUUGAUUGUGGAGUCACAGAUGAAGGUUGUGCUGCUCUGGCUUCAGCUCUGAGAUCAAACCCCUCAAACCUGAGAGUACUGUACCUGUCUUGGAAUACAAUAGGAGAUUCAGCUGUGAAACUUCUCUCUGCUGUACUGGAGGAUCCUCACUUUAAACUGGAGAAACUGUGGUUGAGAUGUUGUGAUAUCACAGAUGAAGGUUGUGCUGCUCUGGCUUCAGCUCUGAGAUCAAACCCCUCACACCUGAGAGAACUGAAUCUGUCAUGGAAUAAAAUAGGACAAUCAGGAGUGAAGUUGCUCUCUGAUCUGAAGGAUGAUCCAUGUUAUAAACUGGAGACAUUAUAUUAUUGAUCAGCUGAUGGUGAAUAAGGAGCUACAGAGACUGAAGACUCAGACUGAAUACACAGAGACUGAAGACACAGAGACUGAAGACACAGAAACACAUAGCGAUCACACUGACAUGAGUGUGUGACUUCACAACAUUUUCUUGUUUUUAUCUUUUUGUAGGUCUGUUAUUCUCAAUUACAGUUUCCCACGAUGAUCUAUUACAGGACCUGAACUUAUAUCAGAACUUAUCUAACUUUUGUAAUUUAAUACUCAAUUUUAUAAUCAGUGGCCCAUGAGUGCUGAGAGUCACCAUAAGCAAUUUGGAAUUGUUCUGGAUACACUAGAUACUGUACAAUGACAUACAAUGAUGGUAUAACACUCAAUAUACACUACAAGAAGUGAUGAAACUGAAACAAGCCAUAAAAAUUGUGAAUAAGAGAUUUAUUGUGCAAUACAGACAGAUUAUUUUAUUAUAAUGGGAGAAUGUCAUUCAUUUAUCAGUAUAACUUUUUAAUAUUUUUUUUAUUACUUUCAGUAAACUCAGAAAGUCUGACUACAGAAGAGAUAGAUGCUGUGAAUGUGUCUACCAGAUGCUUUCUAUACUAUUUACUGAAAAUUGAUGUUUUAUACUUUUAACCUAUUAUUUAAUAUGAUUGUAUUAAAGUUUGCAUCUAAAACUUCA